UUACUCGGAAAGGCGCUGAAGAGCAAGGAGAAAACUCCCACGGACGCGACGAUUCCAGAAGACGGCGCCAGUACCGUGGCAGGAGAUCAAGGUGGUGCAGCGGCCACUGCGCCCAGCGAGGCAACAACCACCUCGCUGCUCGGCGCCGGGAAGAAAAGUAUCAAGAACAUGUCGGCGAAGAACUUCAUUCGCGCCGCGACGAGCAAGAAUCUGAUCGAAAACAAAGACGCCGCGGGCAGUACGGCAACUUCCGCCGCGGCUAAAGAGAGCAAGCUGCAAGCCCCGCCGGAAGUGGAAAUUCCGGGGUCCGAGGUGCCCUCCUCGUUCACCGUGUCACCGAUCCACGCGGAGAAGCAGAAAAGGGCGAACCCGCUGCUGGAAAAACUGGAGACCGAAAAGCCGAACGUGCCGUUCGAGCAGAAGAUGAAUCUGUUCACGAGUUGCGUGGUCAAGGGCGAGUGCUUGUCGGCCACACUGCUCGAGCCGGAGUGGGUGCAGUUUGCGGACAUGUACUUCCCGCUGAUCUGCGAGAUCUUCGAGGCGUACAUGGAUUUUCCCAUUCUGCCCGUCCUUCCCCCCGAAGCCUCGUCCGCGGCGGCCAAGUACGAGCAGCUACGGCUGCAAGAGGAGCAGGAGCGGAAGAAGGCAGACGAACUCGCGAAGAAGCUCAAGGCCGCCCGGAGCAAGAAAGGCAUCGAAGGGGAUGGUGCAGCAGGAGCAGAGACAAAAGCAGAGGCGAAGCCAGUCGAGCAGCCGCCGCCGGACGAGGAGGGCUUUCUCCGGGGUGGGGGUGAUGAAGUAAACACGCGCGACGUCGCGCGGUUCGUGUCCUUCAAGAACACGAGCAACGACGGCUUGAAUUCCCGUCCCGGGCACAUGUCGCUGGCUGCCUUCGCCGGGUUUUGCGUUGAUUUCCGCUUAGUGCCCAACUUGAUCGAUUGGCACCUGCUCGAGUGGAUUUACAAAACGGCGGAGCUCUGCGAGGUCGUGGACGCGGAGCACGCGUUCCUUCCCCACAAAGAGCAGCAGCGGAAAAACACGACCCCUUUCUCGAACGGCCAGCACGUCGCGCUCACCGAGGACAUGCAGCGGGCCGGGCCGCUGCAGUUCGGGGGCUUUGAGAGCGACGAACUUCCGCUGUACCCGGAGCACGUCGGGUCCGUCAUCGACGCGAAGGGCGAGUACAUCCGCGUCCGUUCCCUCGCGGAUUCGAACCUCACAGGGUACUACCACUACACCAUUCUCCGCGUCGUGCUCAUGGAGCAAGUGACGUUUCCCCCACCGGUGGUCACCGACCAGAAAAACGGACUUGCGGGAGCGGACGGCGGGGACAAUGAGGCUGGUGGCAAGAGCGGGAACAACAAAACGCUUCUUUCCAGCUCGUCCUCGAGUGCCCUGGGCGCCGCAACGGUCUCGGAUGGCAUGACUCAGCACAGCAAUUCGACCUUGCUGACCAACAAGUCCGGGCUGUCCGCGAGUUCGCCGGCGAAAACUACGUCAAACGCCAUGAAAGGUCCAGUCGGAGGCCAACUUCAAUCCCAGCAGCAGCAACUCACUUCUUCUAGCCCGUCGAAGCACAAAAAGAGCCCGAAAAAACAUCACCAUGGCGAGAAGAAACAGCAGAAAACAUCAGACGAGCUUGAUGACAUUGAUCUGCCGGCGUUCUUGCAGAUGGCAAACCCCGGCAAUUCCCCAAACGAGGUGGAGCGCGCGGCGUGGUGGAUGCUCGAGGCCAUCGACGAGUGGAUUUCGGUGAAAACCAUGAAGCCACGGAAGAUUUUUUGGGUUUACCGGGACCCGCUAACAUUAAAUGAGUUUUACGACGGGCUCAGUUUUCUGCGCAUGCGCAACUUGCCCAAGCGGCAGGACUUUUGCAACCACAUUGCACCGUGCCUCCACCCGUCCUGCGCGGCGGAAUUCCCGCUCAAGAUCUUCGACUCCCUAUCCUGAGUAAAAACAUCCCCAUCCCAUAGUUGUCGUGCAGAUUUGCGACUACAUGAAGAUUUGUAAUGCGCAUCUCCAUGAGAGGCAUUUUCAGUCGCGUUUUGGACUUUGUAAUGCUGUAAACAGGAUGAACAGAUGGAUUUGUGAUGCGGUUGCCCUUCUUGCUAACAUGCACUACACUCCGGACUGCAACUUCUCAUGCGUGGCUUCCAAAGUAUGCGGAUUUGUCUUGCUAGGUUCCCAACUUGACUAUGGGGUGGGGACGUUUUUACAUAGAAUACUCCCUGAUGCACCGCGUGCGGCUCAUCCAGCAGCGGCUGAACAAAACGAACCCGUUUUUCACGCACUGCAUCUGGGCGGGGGACAUCACCAAGGCGCUGCCCAGUCCGGUGGAGCGGGUCGCGCAGACGCUGUUUUUCGGCAUGCUGGACAAAUUCGAGUCCCUCUGCAAAAUCCCGAAGAAGAAAAACGAACCCUUGUACAAACCCGAGACGGCGGUUUUUGACUUCUGGAACGCGCACGUCAACCACGGUGCGGUGAAAAAGGAGUUCGUUUCGCCGCGGGAAUUUUACGACGCCAUUAUCUCCUUCGGACUGCGGUACUACGUGCAGAGCGAGGGGCAGAUGGAACUGAUUCUCUGGCGGGUGUUGAACCUGACCAAGGGCGCGGACGAAGAAAUCCAAAUGACGCUGCCCAUGCUGCAGAAGGUGCUGAAGGACGCAGCGUACGCACGAGACGUCAGCACUCGGAAGGCGGUACUUUUGUUUUUCAUCACUGCUCUGUGUAAAAAUCAACUCGCGGAGAUUUCACAGCUUUAAGCUUAGAGAAAAUUUCAUUUCAACUCCUCGUCGAUUCUUCUUCUUGUCGGUUCUUGGAAAAAUGAUCUGUGCCACCAUGAACAAAAUCUUCACGACUCACCGCAAAUGAAUGUCAAAAAAUCGCACUUUGUCAGGAACAAGACAAGCAGUUUUUGGAAGAUCACCCGCUGACCGCCAUGCCCGCGUUUUCAAGUGCCGACUUGCGGCAGUUUGUGACACUUUGCGAGCGGAUUAACGAGCCGAAGAUCUCCGUGUCCAAAUCCAUGGUGGUCUUUGACGCCUACGUAUCAUGAGGAACAUUCCCCCCUCCACGUCUGAUGCUGGAUUUGUGUAUGGAAAUUGUCCUCCUCCAGCUCCAGCAUGGCCAUGGGAGGCAUGAGCUUCAGGGUGCAUAGUGUGGUUGCGUUUCAACCGGCACAGACGUUGGGACGGGCGGGGACUUCUCAUUUUCAUACUGUGCCUUCUUGGAAUGCUUGUGCAAGAUCGGCAUCUGGUACUUGCAAUUCGAAUGCGAGGGACUCCAGCAGAAAAUGUACUCCAAGCCGACCUACCUGAUCGAGUACUUGGCGUUCCAAUACAAGCUCAGGCGGCAGGAAAUGGGGUAAAUUCGCCUUUUGCAUGGCUGUAAGAAAGAAGCAUAAAGAACUGCUAUCUAGUUCAACAUAUUGCGGGUAGAACAAAAAUCAUGUGUCGUUUCUGACUCUCUGACUUUGUCUAUACUUGAACAAGAAAUCAAACUCAAACUACUUGAGGUCUAUCACGCUGGAUAUGUAUGGCGACAAGCAGGCGAAUUCUGAUGCGGAAAUGGCGUUGACGGAUGACGAGACCGAGUUGAUCGAGAGCAAAAAACGCGAAGCGCGCCUGCGUGCGAUGAUGGUAUGCGAGGAGAAAACUUCUGUGUAAGUGUAAGUCUGUAAUGCAAAGCACGCAAGACAGUUACACUUGUUAUGCUGGCCAGCCAUGAAGUCGCUUUUUAUAAUUGCUUUUCACGUACUUUGCUAGCUUUGCAUGAUAGGCUUUCUCUGUCAUGGGCGGCAUAUUUGUCAUGCUGACACUGCAAGAGUCCUACACUAAGACACUUUUUUUCUUGGAUAGAUGGCCAGUGAGGACGACAACGUCGACCCUGCCCAGGCCGAGAAACUUUUGAAAGCCUCCGGCAUCAACCCCGCCUCCCCCGGGAGCAAGCAGGCCUCGCCCAAGGCAGGGGACCGCCAACGAAGCAACAGCCCCAAUCCAAAGAGCCCUGCGGGAAAGGAAUCCACCAAAGGAGUAUCAAAGCAGACAGACACUCAGGAGCAGCUGGGCGUGAACGGGUGGGAAGUGUUGCGCAGCAGCGUGGAAACUAAGUUACAACUGUUGAAACGCCAGAGCUCGCCGACGGAAAAGCAGAUUGCGCAGACCGACGUCCUGCACUGGCGGCGGACCGAGUACCUGCCGCCGUUUAAGCGGCUGCUCCGGAAGCAAAUUUUCUUCAACAGCUACCCCCUUCCGCAGAAAGCGACCGACAUCACGGACUUCUUCCGGGAGCGCCAACUCGGCAUCAUGGAGCCCCAGCGGCGCGCGGAACUGCAGUCGCAAGCGGAACAGCACGGGAUGGACAAACUGAAGGACAGUAUCGAACUCGAACGCGCCCUGAACGACGCCCAGAAGGGAAUCUACGCGCGCGACCAGGGAGGCGCCAGCUCCACGAAUCUCGGUGGCUCCGCGGUUGCUGCAGCUGCACAGCCGAAGGCUGCAGGCGUAGUGGCGGCGGAACAAGCGAAUGGCAAGGCGAACCACGGCGACGUGAACAAUUCUGACGAGCAGGAGGCUGCGGAGAAGUCCGUGCAGAAGAAACGGCAAUUAUUGCAGAACAAGAGCGAACGCACCUCGUUGCAGGUGCUGAUUCAGGUGGCCACCCAGAAGUAUGAGGCGCAAACGCGGCCGACCUGCCCGGUGUGCCAGACGGAGAAGGAGCGGAACUGGGGGUUUUCCUACUGCUACCGGUGCAGCCAGGUCCCGUGGAUUUUCUGGAACCGGGAGGACAAACCGUGGAUCCGCCGCCUGGUUGGCGACUUCCCCGCCUACGACCGGGAAACCACCGUUCGCGUCGCGGAGCAGCUUGCCUUCGAAACCGAGGCGGCCCAAAGAAAAACCAAGAAGAAAGACGCGGGGCGCAGCGAAAAUAAGGAGGAGGGCGGAGAGGGAGGCGGAAAUGACGCCGCGAGUACCGAAAAGAAGACGCCGGGUGAGACUACGGGCAAUGCGGAGGAAAAUUCCAGUAGUAAACCUCCAGGCGCUCCUGUCGUGGACAGCGGCACAAGUGCUGCUCCUGCUACGCACUAACAAAAUACAUGUAAACUACCUAUGACUCUGAACAUGAUUUCCGUCCCGGAACGAGAACCUGCGCGACUCGUGUCCUCGAUGACAGGCACUAAGAAAGGACUUUUGAUAUUGCUUUUGAUCAAUUGCUACUGAACUGUUUCGCAAUUUUUGUUUCACACAUAGUUACAACCAUAACGGGGGGUCUACUCAUCGGCUUCAGAACUUUUUGAAAACUUUUCGAAAACUUUUGAAAACAGAGAAAAGCGAUGACGCGAAACCACCAAGGUCCGACGCCCUUUUUUGGCGGCGUGCCGUCGUGUUUCGUGGUCAUAUAUGCUGACCGAUAAAAGGCGCGCGCGCUGCCGUCGGUCACACGUGAGCCACGGGCGGAAUACUCUCCGCAGACUUGUAAUCUCUUGCGCGCUUGAACAGCGUCGCGCGCCGCCCAAACAGGGCCGCGUCCUUGAUAUAUGUAUUCACGCAUGACAAGGCUUUGAUCCACCCCUUCGCGUUUCGCCUAGGGACAAACGCACUCGGUUGGCCGUGCUGUUUAUUUGACCGCGGGACAAACGCACUUGGGUGGCCACCCCCCCACCCGGGGCCAGCCCUCCUCCUUUUCGCCUGGCAGGGUCUAGGGUUUAGGGCUUGGCCCUCCUCCUUUUCGCAGGGCUUGGGUUUUGGUUUAGGGUUUGGGGCUUAGGGCCUAGGGCCUCGGUUCUCAGGCGCAGCGCGCCGGCCUUGAGAGGCGUGUCUGGAGAGGUCCAGGGGGUGCGCCCCUGCGCCGCGUUGCGUACGUUUGUAAACUCCACAAGAAAAAGCGGCGCAGCCGAAGAAGCAAGCUCUGACUUCUGUUACCUUUUUGGCGCCUGUGCUGACCCCAGGCACGGCGGCACGCCGCCAGAAAGGAGCGAGAAUGCUGAGUCUUCAAAAAGUACAAAAGAAGCGCUACCCAGACACGAAGCAGGGUGGCACUGCCUGCGAAAUAGGCAAAGCUCACGGCUCAGGUUUUGUAGUCUUUUUGGCGCCGUGCCGUCGCGUUUCGUGGUCAUAUACGCUGACCGAUAAAAGGCGCGCGCGCUGCCGUCGGUCACACGUGAAUCGCGGGCGGAAUCCCCUCAGCAGAUUUUUAAUUUAUUACGCGUUUGAACGGCGUGCCGUCCUGUUUCGUGAUAGGUUUGGACCCCGGAGCCGGGGCGAAAAGUUGUAUACUUUACAUGCGACGAAUAACGUGGGCGGUAACGUUAUCCACGGCGGCACCGCGUAGGCAAAAAAGCGCGCUUUUUCAACUUUUGCUCGAAUUCUGAGGCAAAACACGACCUGAGCGCCCAUUUUGAAAAGUUUUUUUUUUGCACUUUUGGGCUAUAUGUGAAAAACCAAAACCGAUGGCAUGAUGCCGCUUUUCUGGUCCUCGAAAAAACGAAUCCCGAGCUAAUUCCCGAAAAAAAAAACUUUUAAAAAACUUUUUAAAAACUUUCUUUUGGGGCACCAAAAUCGUGCCGGUUUCAAGCAGAAUCCGCCGCGGGGAGCUUCAAGAAGGGAGGCCAGAAAAAAAGUUUUUUCGGGGUUUUUUCGGGCUCGUUUCGGGCUCACCGAAAUAGCACAGCAAAAAAGUCGCACUUUUUGGCCUCCGCCGUACCACCGUGCCAAAGUCAGCAUUGCUCCAGCGCCGAUGGUAUGCUGGUGGUGUUUUUUUGUUAUGUUUUGCCAAUGCCGGCGCUUUUGCGUCUGAGUCAAGCUUUUGGGUUUUUUGGUAGUGCAAAUAGCUUGGGCGAUGACGGAAAAGCUAGAAGUUGAGUUUAGUGCUAGACUCUGGAAGAGCUGGAGUCGGAGUAUGAUACUGGAUCACGGGGCAUCGCUACACUUAUUUCUCGGCUUGAUUUCGUGAUCAUAGGUUUGGACCCGGAGCCGGGGUGGGCAACUGUAUACUUUUUUACAUGCGAAGAAUACCGCUGGCGGUAGCAUUAUCUAUGCACGGCGGCGCGGCGUAGGGUAAAACGCGCGAGCUCUCGACUUUUGCUCAAAUUCUGAGGCAAGGCGCGACCUUUGCGCCCAUUUCAAAAAGUUUGCUUUGCGCUUUUUCGCUAUAUCUGGAAAAUCAGAAGAAACCGACAGCAUGGCGCCACUUUCCUGACCUUCAAAAAAAAACUCCCGAGCUGAUUCUGGAAAAAAAAACUGCUGGAAAACUUUCCAAAAGCUUGCACAUGGGGCACCAAAACGGUGCCGGAUUCAAGCAGAAGCAGCAGCGGGGAGCUUCGGGAAGGGCGGCCAGAUAAAAAGUUUUUUCGGGUUCGUUUCGGGCUCACCGAGGUAGCACUGUAAGAGCUUGCAUUUUUUGGCCUCCACCAUACCGCCGUGCCAAAAUCAGCACUGUUCCGGCGCCGCUGUUAAUUAUGUCGGUGGUGUUUUUUGUUAUGUUUCGCCAAUGCCGGCACUUUUGCGAUGGAGGGGGUUCGCUGAGUCAAGCUGUUGGGGUUUUUGAUGUUUGGUCUCCCUCUUUGAUACUACGAACAGAAAGCAAAUCUUUUCGGUCUUUUGCCUUGACCAGGAAGCCCGCCGGUGUUGCAGGCUGAGCCACCAAGCUCGGCGCUGCCUCAACCUUCUCAGGUUCGGGCGUUUUUCACUGCGGCGGAGUGCGCAAACUGGGCACCCACGAAAAGCGCGGGACCCCAUCGGUCACACUGGAACCGCGAUGGCAUGCUGGGGCUCGAUCUCGUGUUGGCCGUGCAGUCAUUGGCCACGAAGUUGCGCGGCAGCUUCUUUGACGAGCAGGCCGGCGGGAAAUUCAAAGUCUUCGAAAAGUUUUUGAAAAGUUCUGCAAAGUUUAGCACAGACCCCCCGUUAUGGUUGUAAGACUUGUACAACAAAUUUGACCUAGACAGACGAACUUCGAACUGCGUUUAUAUAUUACCGAUUUCGAAUGAACAAUUUGCCGUAACUAUUCUUGCUCUUUUAUCAUUGUCGGACAGGAUUUUUUCAGUUCCAAAAUUCGAAUUCCAAGAACGGCGAGUCUCUGUUUUGUGUUUUUGUCUAAGAAGCUUGCACUACAUUGUUUUCUUAUUUGUAAGAACACAUCUCUUUGGAAAUCAAUGUACCUAAAAUGUCUUGGAUGAUU